AUAUAACUUCGUCUUUCCAAAAACCAUACCGUACCGGAAUUUCAGAAAGGAUAACAUCACCCACAUACGGGUAAAAAGAAAAUCAAAACCUAACAGGAUGGGAAUCUUACUUUCCAAAGAUACACGAACUACAGAAGGUACAACACCUAAUGUCGCAGCGAAACAAGACGGAGGUCCACCUCCUCUGAUGGAAAGACCAUGGAGAGACUUUAACUGGAGGGAUAAAGACGAGUUAUUAUAUGAAGUUUCUAACUAUCAAAUUAAGGGUGGAGUGAAAUACCUAAAUUGCAUGCUACUAGGCCAAGCUGCUUCUGGAAAAACUUCAUUUUUCAAUACAUGUGCUUCAGCUCUCAAAAAUAAGGAUACGGUUUUGGCUCCAUUGACUGUAUACAAGCCAUCUGAAAAGAGUGUUACCUCCACUUUUGAAACCCACGCAUUAUACACCAAGGACGAAAAAACAUUGCCAGUACGAAUAUUUGACUGUCGUGGUCUUCACAAUGUUGCUGGAGUGUUGCCAGAGGACGUUCGACAAAUGGUGGAAGGCCAUAUCAAAAGUGGAUAUCAGAUAAAUCCAGGUGCAUCAAUACAAAGUAAUCAUGCAAAGUAUCGACUUGAUGCACAACUUGGAGACAAAAUGCAUUGUCUUGUAUAUGUUGUAAACGCCGACAACCCAAAGGCAGCAUUAGCUGAUGAAUCGGCUGUUGAGAUAUUUGCCAAUAUGCGAAAAUUAUUGGCUCCAUUAAAUCUGCCACAGCUAGUUCUGAUGAACAAGGUCGACAGGCUCCGAGCAUCGUUGUCCGAUGACAUUUCACUGCUUUUCAAGAGCAAUGAAGUUUACAACAAGUUGAAAGUCAUUGCAGAUUUUAUGGUACUUCCUGAAAUGAACGUUUUACCGAUGUCAAAUUACCAUAUGGAGACUGUCCCUGAUCCAAAAAAAGAUGUACUGGCAUUGUCGAAUCUUAAGAUGAUAAUGGACAGAGCGAACGAUUUUUUGCAGAGACAAGACAAAACAAAUAUACCCGAGGAUUUUUUGAAUUAAGCACAACUGAAUUCAAAUUAAAUACAAAAUGCAUAAUUAUAUUUGUUUUAGCCGUUAGAUAUUGAAUACUUGGAACAUUUUUAGAUGUCGUGUAAUUAUAGAUAGUUGUUAAACAGAUCAGUGCAUUUUUUAAAAGUUUGAAUGCAUUAAAGGAAAAUGAAAUGAAA